AUGCUAUCUAAGACGAGAUUCUUUUUCACCAAGAACUCAUUUGUGUUGAAAUCCCUUGCCCAGAGCCGAGGAUGUCGACUUUCCAUAGCUUCUGGGUUUAAGUUGAAAAAUUUCAACUUCUGGCCCAACACCAUGAAGAGUCUGAGAUUUUACUCCACAACUUCGAUUUCAGCAGAAGGAGCUGCAAAGAUUUCUGAAUCUGCUGCUGCAGCAGCAGCCACUGCUGUCAAAAACGAGACGAAGAAGGUCAUCUCCAAUAAGAUUGUAGCUUACUGGUUGAUGGGUACGUCAGGUUUGGUCUUUGGAAUAGUGGUUUUGGGAGGUUUGACAAGAUUGACUGAGUCUGGAUUGUCGAUAACAGAAUGGAAGCCAGUGACUGGUGCGAUUCCUCCUUUGAACGAAAAGGAAUGGGAAGAGGAAUUCGAAAAGUACAAGAACUCGCCUGAGUUCAAGCAGUUGAAUUCACAUAUCACCUUGGAAGAGUUCAAGUUCAUCUUCAGCAUGGAAUGGGGUCACAGAUUAAUGGGAAGAGGUAUAGGGAUGUUUUUCAUCUUGCCUGCUCUUUUCUUCUGGAAGACUGGUAGAUUUAGCCCUCACAUCACGAGACGAGUUAUAGGCUUAACAGGCUUGUUGGGAUUGCAAGGAGCUAUUGGUUGGUGGAUGGUCAAGUCUGGUUUAGAUGAAGAGCAGCUUGCUGCCAGAAAAUCCAAGCCUACCGUAUCACAGUAUCGUUUGACUACUCAUUUGGGUGCUGCUUUCUUGAUGUACUUGGGUGUCUUAUGGACAGCUUUUGAGAUCUUGAAUGAAAAUAAGUUGGUGAAACAGGCUCAACGGGCUCCUGAGAUCGCAAAGGACGUGAUGGCCAAAUUAACUAACCCUUCCUUGAAGCCCGUACGUGUUCUUGCUACUGGUUUGUUGGUUUUGGCAUUUGCCACAGCCAUGUCUGGAGGUAUGGUUGCUGGCUUGGACGCUGGUUUAAUUUACAACACUUUCCCUCACAUGGGAGAUGACUACAUUCCUAGUGCUAGCGAGUUAAUGGAUCCUGUUUACGCCAGAAAGGAGGACAAGUCAGACAUGGUAUGGAGAAAUCUCUUGGAAAACCCUACUACUGUUCAAUUGGUUCAUCGUAUCUUUGCUACCACAACUUUCUUCGCGAUCUUAGCUGCUCAUCUGUAUGUUAACAGAAGAAAGGCUUUUAUUCCAAAGCCAGUAACCAGACUGAUGCACGGAGUCAUGGGUGCCGUCACCUUACAAGUUGCUCUCGGUAUUACUACCUUGAUAUACUUGGUUCCCAUCUCACUUGGAGCUGCUCAUCAGGCUGGAGCUUUGGUUCUUCUCACCGCCUGUCUUGCUUUCUCAGCCAAGUUGAAGAAGCCUAGACCAGAAGUUAUCUCAUACAUCAACACAGUGAUGAAAAACCAGUUGUUAAAAGCUAAAGUAUAACUACUACUGUAUUAAACUACAACCUCUUCACUCUUGUAUAUAUUAGCGAAAUCUGUAAAUAGUUACGUAAAGUAUGCAAUAUUAGUUAUGAUUAGCCCU